AUGUUGCGCAGAGAGCCCACCACCAUCAAAUUAACUCCGGACGACGUGAAGGAGUUUUACCGCGAGCAAACGUACAACACGAUCUCUGGGUCCUCGGAGCCCGCAGAGAACCAGAAUCACGCCACAGAAACGCAGCAACGGUCGAUCAAAGAGCGCAUCUUGGGAGAGCGUGGGCGCAGCCACGAAAGCGGGGCUAGCGAAAAGGAGAACGAGUACCAGCCAAACAAGCGUGCUGCGCGUAAAACAAACAAGACUGCUCGCGGCCCCAAGAGACGCAAGACCGUGCCAAACAACAUCGACGAGCUCGAGAAUUUUGAGGAAAACCCCAUUUUUGAGACACUUAGCCACGCAGAAGUCGCCGUGGGCGAACUCGCCGCCUCAUGGGUCGACCAGUUCGAGGAGGACAAAUACGACGCGGUGAAGGAUAUGCUGAACUUCGUUCUGAGGGCGUGUGGGUGCGUGACGCUUGUGGCGAAGCACGACGUGGCGAGCGCAGACUCGUCGAAGGAAACAGUAGCCGAGAUCCAGGCGGUGUUUGAGAAGCAGGGGUCCCACGAGUAUCCUCUGGGUCUUGCUGGAAACUCCAAGAAUGCCAACUGGAGAGACUUCAAAAAGCGGUGUCUGGAGUUCGUGGACCAGGUGUUGGUGACAGCGGGCGAACAGGGCAUAUUGUAUGAGGACGACGAGCUCGUAGAGUUGCUGAUCACGUGGCUGGGAGCUCUCACCACCUCGAACGCGCGACCUCUGCGGUAUGCUGCGACGCUCCUGUGUCUGCAGAUGGAAACGACGCUGUGCUCGCUUGUGGCGCAGACCGCCACAGCUGUUAACCGCGCGCAACGCCAGCUGACGAACGAACAACGCAACAUCGACAACUUGCUCAAAAAGGCCCGUUCUGGAGCCAAGUUGGCCGCUGCCAAAGACCGUGCUGCGCAGAUCGAGCAGAACUGCCAACUGUACAGCGAACACAAGACCUAUCUGGAGACUUUUCUCCAGGACAUCUUCAACACCACCUUUGCUCACCGAUACAGAGACACCGAUCCGCAGAUCCGCCAGGAGUGCGUAAAACACCUGAGCCAUUGGAUCGACCUGUACCCCGAGUUUUUCUUUGAGAGCAUAUACAUACGGUAUCUGGGGUGGCUGAUGACCGACCAGGACGUGGCGGUGCGGCACGAGGUGCUGCGGGUGGUGCUUCGCCUGUACCAGACGCAGUCGAUGGUGGCAGCUCUGCGGCAGUUCACCAGCCACUUCAAAGACAAGCUCAUCGAAAUGGCUUUUUACGAGGCAGACACGCGGGUCCGCAGCAACUGUGUGCAGGUGCUGACGGAGGUCUCCAGGAUGGGCUUCUUGGAUCCAGAGGAGGUGGUCAAGGUUGCCAGCUUGAUUUUUGUCGACGACGAGGACCUGAUCUUCCAGAAGGGCAAGACCGCGUCGCGGCUGUUCAGGGACCUGGCCAGGUUCAUUGCCACAGUUGAGGCGCAGUCGCUGGCCGAGUUCAUGGAGUCCAACAGUGCGACGGUUGAGAAAGUGGCUGGCUCGCUUGAGCUCCGGAUCAAAGAUCUGCUCAAGUUCCACGGCCUGUCGCAGAUGCUUGUGGAGGCGGAAACGUAUUACAACUCGGCAGUGUCCACCAAACCGGCCAAGAUGCGGUCCUACAACUCGCGCACGGCCAAACUCGUCCGUGUUUGUCAGAACCUGUUUGCUCUGCCGCGGUACCACGCCGACGGCGCUCUGGAGACGCUGUGUGGCUACGUUUUGUACGAUUUCUCUGCGAACGCAGAAAUCGCCAAGAUCCAGCACAGCGUCGAGCUGUCCGGUGCGCAGACGUUUUUCGUGCUUGGUCUGAUUUCCGCUGCGGCGACCAUCUACUGCGAGGCGGACGCGAGCGAGUUCCACCAGCAGCUGUUCUCAAAAAAGCACGACGACCAGAACAACGACAGAAUGCUGUAUCUCGGCAAGCUGGUCGCACAGCUGGAUUCGCUCUUCGACGUGUUCAAGAAAACGCAUCUGGCAGUGUUUCUGGGCCUGUUCACGCAAUUGGUUAAACACAGGGUGUGCGAGACGCUGGACCAGUCAGCUACGGAGACCAAGAUCACGGCCCAGCUGCUGAAAACGUUCAGAGAGGACCAGCUGAGCUCGUACGCUUCAGAGUCCCCGGCAUACUACAACUCGAUCAAUUUUCACUUUGCGCAGCUCUUUGAGCACAUCAACACCGACUCGGUUGAGGUCUCGCUAAGAGUCGAGGAGGUGGUGCGGGAAAUGGCCGAGGAGCUCAAGCUGGCGCUCCAGGACGCCGACUGGUUGCACGCUGGUAGCACGCUGGGCAAACUGAUGCUGUUGCGUGGAACAGCCACCAAAUCCCGACUUUUAAGCCAACUCAUGCCGCUGAUCGACGAUAUCUGCUCGGGCGCCGCGUCGCUGCCAUUGGCGGACGAGUUGGACCAGCUGGUAGAGUCCAACCGGGCAACAGAGUAUUUCUCGUGUCUGCUUUUUCUGGUGGCGGAAAACCUCGAGACGCUCGCCAACAAACUCAAGGUCGAUCCGGACGCCGAGGUGCUCGACGAGCUGCACCGCCACCUGUUGCCGUUGGCGCCUGUCAAACGUGCUCUGCUGGAACUCGUGGCAUCACGUGCGCAAAACAUAGAUUUUUGGUAUGCCGUCUGCAGCAUGUACCUGGACGUGUUCACCACGCUGAACCUGCUCAAGUACUACGUGGGCCCGCACAGAGACGUCCUCGACCACUUUUUCGACACAGAAAUGUCUGUCGAGCCGCUUUCCAGCAGCCAGGAAUGUUUGCUCCGGCUGUUUUUGAUUUUGGAAGCACAGGUUGCUUCUGAAAAACAGGUCGAGCUGGAGCGCACAGAGCAAGAAGAUGUCAAUUUUGAAACUGCCCAGGUGGACGACUGCGAGCGCAGGUUGUGCACCUUUGUAGCCAAAAUGAUGCUGCUCGACAGGACAGUCGGUCUGGAGCCGUCCAUUGUAAGCAGAGUGAAGCUGAAUAGGGGAGUCCUGGGCAGUCUCUUCAAUGAGGUUCUGGAUUACGAGCAGGCAGAAAUGAAAGUGGAGGAGGAGGAGGAGGCGCCAAAGGACCAACUGCCCGAGCAACAAGAGCCUCAAGAACAGUCCUCCGACCAAUUCUUGCACACCAACACCUCGGUUCCAAACCUGCUGCCCGAACCGGUGCCCGACCUCGUUUUAUAA